AAAAAAAAAAAAUCUAAACUCCCACCACCCCACUUCUCCCUAACCAGCCACCUCCCCAACCCUUGACGGUGAACCUUGGCCUACCCAGCUGGCCAGCCCACCACCCUAACCAGCCUUAGCCCUGCCGGCGACAACCCACAUAGUCCCCUUCGCUACCAGCGAACCCCCCCAGCCCCCUCACCCCGCCCUGCCCCCUGCCCGCAAAACCCCACCCAACCCAGUCCUACCAACCGAGCCCCACCCAACCCAGCCAGGCAGCCAGCGACCCCCGUCCCAACCCUAGCCAAUCGACCCACCCAGCUCAACCCCUGUUAGCGACAACCCACCCAUAAACCCGCGAAUCCCCACCCCUAUUCCACCCUAGUCUACGCCGAUGCGAAGCCAGACCGCUUCAUCCCCACACCAAGCCAGACCGCGAAUACCUUUUUUUUUUUUUUAUUUUUUAUUUUUAAGAAACACAAUAUAUAUACUUUACAUUAUUACAAUAAUAUUCCUAACAUCAAAUCACAACAUAAAAACAAUAUCCCUCCUCCAAAAAACUUUGUUCUCUCUUUACCAUUUCUCUCUCAAAAAAGCACAAAACAUGUACUUGAACGUUAACUUCAGCAACCACUCCAUCGCAACAACAGUAACAUCCUCAGCAGAAUCCGUCGAAUCUUGGAUCAAUCGUGUCGAAUACAUCCAUCGUCGUCGUCUCCACAAACUCGUAGUAGGCCUCGACAUCGAGUGGCGCCCUAACACGUCUAGGUACUUUCGUAACCCCGUGGCUGUACUUCAACUAUGUGUAGGCCAUCACUGCCUUGUGUUUCAACUUCUGUACGCUACUAGGAUACCCCAAGGCCUCGUCGACUUCCUUACUAAUGAAGAUUAUACUUUUGUUGGUGUUGGUAUUGAUGAUGAUGUACAAAAACUUAAGCAAGAUUAUGGGUUGGACGUUAAUUAUACUGUUGAUCUUCGUACUUUGGUUUCUACCAGGUGGGAUGAGCCCAGCUUUCGCAAUUCAGGUUUGGUAUCGUUGGCAUAUAAUGUUCUAGACUUGGAGUAUGUAAAGCAACGAAACAUUACUUUGAGUGAUUGGAGUCAGCCAAAUUUGAGUAUUGCACAGGUGCAAUAUGCUGCUAUCGAUGCCUUCCUUUCUUUCGAGAUUGGCAAAAAACUCGACGCUGCACACUUUUAGGUUCGUACGUGUGUUUCUAUGGCUUGGAUCAUGUCGAUCACACUUUACAGAUUUGGGAUUAUAGCAGAUGAAGAACAUUUCUAGGCAUCACAGUGUUUAAUUGAUGAACAAAUUUAAGAAAUAAAUGAGUAAUUGUAACUCAAUCAGACCAAUUUAGAUUACUAAUUGAUUUAAUUGCUUUGUUUUUG